GAUGUGGCUGCAAGCAGAAAGUAUAAUGCAUGAAGCAAUGUCACAGCAAAAGCAAGUCAUCCCUGUAUAUGGAGACAUCAGCAGUGAAGAACAGAGAAAAUUACCUUUGUCCUUGAGACAUUUGAAACCCAUAGAUAGCAGAAAGGAAGGAUUUUUGAAUCAUUUGUCAAUGAGGAUCAAAGAAUCUCAGGGAGGAACAGGAGAAAAGUACAUGGAUGAGGAUUUUAUUUCCGAAGCUAAACCAGGAAUCUUGUCAGAGGUUGCCUCUGAUGACUCCAUCUCCCUUGAUCUUCCUGAAGAUGCUGCAUUGUCUCAGGAAGACACAAUCAAAAGGAAAAAUGAUCUUGAAUUGGCACUGAUUUCAUCAGGAAUCUACAUUCAAAAGUUCACUAUGGACCAUCAUGGUGGCUAUGUUCACUUAAAGGAAGUGGGGGUUACACUUGUGGUACCAGAGGGUUCCCUACCUGAAGGUACAGUAACAGAGAUGUACCUUGGAGUCAGUUGGAGAGCAGGCGACAGCCCUCAUUUGGGAGGCAAGCAGACAAGAACAAGCCCCAUUGUGGUUAUUGGUCCACAUGACCUAACCUUUCAGAAACCAGUGUAUCUGAGUUUUCCUCACUGUAUUCCACAUGUUGAUGAUGAAGAGACAGAGACAAAGUUCUGGACAUCAAAAACUGACCUACUGGGGACUUGUAAAUGGACAACUGAUGAGAAUGACCCUGUUGUCAUCUACAGCCAAACCAGAUGCACUGCAGCUUUGUGGAACCUGUGUAAAUACACCACUUCAUCGAAUAGCAGAAAGAUGCUGGCCGCAGUGUUUGGGGAGUUUGAUCCUAAAACAAGGCUGCUUCAGAUUGCAGUCAGUUGCAUCAGUGAUACUCCCAAUGAAAUUAUGGUUCUUGACAGUAGGAUGGAAGGGAUGGGUUUCAAGCGUGUAGUGCUUGAUGGGUUCUUCAGGCUUUACAUCUGUCCCCAUAGUGAUGGUGACCGAAGGGAUGGUGACCAUGACAACAAUGACCAUGUUCCAUGUGAAAAUGAUCAUGAUGUACUGGUCACACUAAAGGACUAUCAAGGAUGGACUUUGACAGGGGAAGAUGAGAAGGCAUUGGAUUACCAGAGAAUGAUAGAUGACAGCAGACCAUAUUGUGCCUUUUUUUUAACCCCUGAGUCUACCACACCAUGUCCCAAAUUUUUCAUCAGCAAAAUAUUGGUGGCCCAACAGGGCCUCAAGGGUAAAGAUGCACGGAUGUCAUCAGUAGAGUUUGAAGUGUACCAUCCAUUACAUAAGAUAACAAAGAUACCUGGCACUGAACAACUCGACAUACAAGCUCUCCAGUCGUCGCAUCAAGAUCCGAGGCCCCUGGGGGGAAACCAGUCACACAACACAUCAGAACCAUUGCAGCAACAAUCACUUCUGAACCCUUCAGCGCCCAAACAGUGGGGUCUCCAGGGGUCUUCGGAACCAUUGCAGCAACUGUGGACUCUGAACCCCUCAGCUCCCCAUCAGACACAGUGGGGUCUCCCAGCUCCAGGGCAGUCCCACCACACACAUAUGCAACAUCAACAACUGCAGGAUCAGCACCCAUAUGCCCAACACCAACCACCACAGGGGUAUUGCAGUCUAAUACCACAUUUGCCCAAAUCCCCACAUUCUAGUGGUACUGGUCCACGCCAGAAGCACAAAAUGCCAAAUACCACUUUGACAGAGUCACCCUUUCCUCAGGCACAGGUAAAUGUUCCACUAGAACAAGCCCAACCACAUGCACCUAUGCAGCAAUUACAGCAGACACCUAAUGACCAGGUUCCAGAGAAAGUAGCUCAUCAUCCACCAUCAGAAUGGAAUAUAGCCUCUCUCCCAAUGCCAUCUGUUGACCAGGGAGAGUCAAACAACUCAUUGUUCACCACACCUGGAACAAUGACUGGCUCACCUAAUGCAAUGGCACAAUCAACACAGCAAAUGUUAGGAGGACAGAACCCAGCUGAGAUCAUCCUUCCAUCACAACAUGGUGAUCUUGAGCAGUCAAGCUUGUCUGAAUCUGGCCAGUUGUCACCCCCAGAAGCUAAACGUUUUAAACCUUCAUGUGAUCCAACACAGCUUUUAACAAAUACCUCUCCGUUAUCAGUUCCAUCAAAUGAAGGCCAACAUUCAAAUGAAGUUACACAACCAAUUAUUCCAACACCACCACACAUUUCAUCAUCUUCCUCUGUAUUGGUUACACCAUCAGUACCAGUAAACCAAGAUUAUGAGGCGUAUCCAAUAGUUGAAACACCAUCUGAACUAAAACUGUCUGAACAGCGAACGAAAUAUCAGUUGCAGUGUCAACAGCAGCAACAUCAGCAGUUUCCAAAUCUUUCAUCACAGCAACAGCGCCCACACCAAGCCUUGUGUGCCCAGCUUUAUGGCAAUGAAGAUCUAGCUCAGACUCUCUGUGUAGAUGUGAGGCAAACAAACAUGGCUGCCACUUGUGGUGCUGGUGCCAUAUUGAUGGACACAGCAGGGCAAUCCAUCUUUGUUCAAAACAUAGAGCGACUAGAAAUUCAUCACAAUGGAGAUCAGGAAUUGAUGAGUGUUGCGCCACCUGCUCAUGUCCAUCUUUUACAGCGGUAUCUGCCUUUGGGGGCAAAAGCAAACUUGGAUCGCAUUUUUAAGAUUCCAGGGGUGUGGGAAGCUGUUGUACGUGAACUUCGGUUAGAGAAUGAUUGCUGUCCUAAAGAACCUGUGGAAUUUAUCUUUGGCCAUCUGCAGUGUUCCUUUCUGCAACUUAUAUGGCUGCUGAGGAGGAUUGGAGAGAGAGUGAAAGAAAAUGUGAAUCCAUCUAAAAUAGAAAGCGUGAUUGAGGACGUUUCAAAAGCAAGAUUUUAUGAGGUUGAAUGGGAGAAUUUGCGAAAAAACUUGCCCUGCAUUGCUUAUGGAGGAGUUGAUAUUAGGAGACUGUUAGAUUCUCUAUUUUCAAAGGGUAUCAUUAGUGAGUCAGACAUGGAGAAAAUUGAAGGCCAGCAAACAUCAUCAGACAAAUGCAGUCUAUUACUACGUAAGGUAUUGAAGUGCUCUUUGGAUAAGGAUCCUGUGGAGCACCUGCGACAAUGCUUUGUUGACCAGGGUCGGGGUGAUCUGGCUGAUCUUCUGGCAGUGAAACCUGAGGAUGUACAGGAGUCAUAUAGCUCAGAUGAACCCAUGAGACCUGAUGAACAACCAGCACUUAGACAAAUUCAGAGUCCUGAAGUAGCUGCAUAGUUCUCACCAUAUGUGACAAGUCACUUUCUUGAUCUAGAGAUGAACCCUUACAGUAAUUAUGAAUGUCUUAUAGGAAGUUGGCCUAAUAUUCUAUAUGGUCCCAUAGGAUGUCCUACCAGACCAUGUAGGACAUCUGCCCAAAAUCCUAGCUGUAGAGGUCCUUUUGCACAUUUUUCCUAAAGGGUAUCCUAUAGGAAAUUGUGUAGGGAUAAGUCUAAGUAUUCAGAUAUUUUGGUGUUGUGAUGCUGUAUUUAUGCCCUCGAUCCAGACCACUGUUGCUUGCAUUUUCAAGAUUUUUUAAAAGGUCAACUUUCAACUCUGUUGAGCAGAGUUAUGAAAUAAUUAUUAUUGACCACAUAUUUCAUUUAUUGAUUAUUUAUUAUCAAUAUUGUUUUGCUUAAGAAGCUCAUUUACACCUGUUGGUUGCUUUUAACUUAGUUUUUAUAUAGCUAAUUAUAAUGCGAGUCUUUUUAUUUAUUUAUUCUUUUGAGGGGAAGGUGCUUAUAGUUAUGAUCACGUUGAUUGGCAUUAAUGAAUAUAUCGAUACAUGUAAAAGCUUGCAGUUUGCAUUCAAAAUAUAUAUCUUGAGUGUAAAAAUAAGUUCAUUAGGAUAAUGAUGUUAUAUCGUAGAGUUUAUUUUUUAUUUUUUGUCUCCGUGAAAGAUCUAUUUUCUUCAACUAACAUCACUGGAAAAUGUGAUUUUGACCAUGCUGCUACCAAGUGCAUGACCAAACAAACGCAAUAGUGCUAUUUUUAAGUUCAAGAAGUGUGGGUAUUUUGCUUAAGAAAGAUAGACAAGAAGCAGACAGUCAAAGAAUACGGUUACCUUAAUUAUUAUGGACGGAGAAAAUAGAAAGGUUAAUGACUGAAAGUUUUGACUUUUGAUAUUUACACACUGUCAGGUUAGUUGAAAACAUGCCUAAUGAAGGGGGCCAUGAUGAACUAUAAGCUGUAUGAAAGGUAACUAUGGUUGGGGGAAAUAGAGGAGCAGCUUGGUUAACCUGUGUGUCCAACCUUGAUAUGCUACAGGAUAAACAGACUAUUAUUAUACUGUAUAAUAUGCUUCAUUUCAGAUAGAACAUAUGUGCAUUAGUAUAUAUGAAAUGACCUUAUAUCUUUUUUCAGGUUUCAGUUUAUCAUAAUUAUUUGGUUGUGAAAUGAUUGCCUUAAUUUUUAAGGCUUUAAAAUGUGGUGUUGUAUUGUAGGCAUAUAUACCACUUUAGUUAUAUUUUAAUUAAAUUUAUUUUAUACUAUUU